AUGGCAUACAAAGUAAACUACGUGUGCUUCAUCGCUCUGACAGUUGCUGUGAUCGUAGCAAACGCAGCUGAGGAAAAAAAUGACGAUUACGAUUCCUAUCCCAGCUAUAGUUUCAAUUAUGACGUGCAGGACGCUAUAACUGGGGACAUAAAAUCCCAAGCGGAGCAGCGCGAAGGUGAUGUGGUCACAGGACAGUAUUCACUGCAAGAACCCGAUGGUUAUCGACGCACCGUCGAAUACACCGCCGAUGCUGUGAAUGGCUUCAAGGCCACUGUUCGACGGGAGCAGGUAGGCGAGCCUAUCAAAGCGUUGGCUCCCGUUCCUUCGCCAACACAAAUUUUUCAACAGCCAAGAAGUGAGAUUGCACCAGCACCACCAGCCACCCCUGUCGGUCCAGUCAUUCCUGCUGCCCCAAAUGCUCCCAAAUAUGACAAGUAUGAGCAGUUGGCACACAAAUCAUAUAUUUCACCUGUUGUAGCACCAACCUACAUCCGCGCCUAUGCCGCACCUACAUUGUUGCAUCAUGCCCCUGCGACUCACGCUGUUAUACACCAUGCACCAGCUGCCGCCGUCCAUUUGACCCCAACAGCACAUUACGUACAUUCUGCCCCGGCUGCAGCCACUUUGCUGAAGGCAGCUCCCGCUGUCAUUACUCAUCACGCCAUUCAUACUGACGCCCAUCCAGCAGUGGUCAAGACCUCUUUCACAGCUCCUCAUGUUUCAUACGUUUACUAA